GAAUUUCUGCCCAUGUGUUCAGCCUGAUGUUAAAACCCUAGUAGUGAGUCAUGCAGGCAGUCAGAAAGCUGUGUGUGUGUGUGUGAGUCAGCCUGUAUUUAAUCACCACACCCAGCCCUGUCCUGGAUCAUAACGGCGCUGCUGCUGCUUUAAGGUGAACCAUCAUGGCUCUGGUGUCUGAGUUUCUGGGGCAGCUGACGCUGUCGUAUGGAGGGGAAGUAGAGCUCAAACAUCCCACCGUGGUGCCUGCCAGAGACUUCGACCCCGCCCGGGACGCCGCCAGGAUCGACACGGCCAUUAAAACCAAAGGUGUGGACGAGCAGACCAUCAUUGACAUUCUGACCAGACGAAGCUAUGAGCAGCGCAGAGAGAUCGCCUUCGAAUACGAACGAUUUGCCAAGAAGGAUCUGGUCUCUGCCCUGAAGGGGGCGCUGUCUGGCUCUCUGGAGGCUCUGAUGUUGGGUCUGAUGAAGAGCACCGCCCAGUAUGACGCCUCUGAGCUCAAAGCAUCCAUGAAGGGACUAGGAACCGGCGAGGAGACUUUAAUUGAGCUUGUGUGCUCCAGAAACAAUGAAGAACUUGUGGAGAUAAAGCGGGUUUACCGAGAUCUGUUUAAGAAGGACAUGGACAAAGACGUAGCAGGAGACACGUCAGGAAACUUCGCCAAGCUGCUGCUGGCGCUGGUUCAGACAAGACGAGAUGAACCUUCGAAUGUUGUCGACUACGUGAAGAUCGAUGAGGACGCCAGAGCUCUGUAUGAAGCUGGAGUGAAGAGGAAAGGAACUGACGUGGCGACCUGGAUCACCAUCAUGUCUCAGAGGAGUGUCCCCCACCUGCAGAAAGUGUUUGAGCGGUAUAAGAGCUACAGCCCCUACGACAUUAAGGAGAGCAUCAGGAAGGAGGUGAAGGGAGACCUGGAGAAGUCCUUCCUCACUCUGGUGGAGUGCUUUGAAAACAGGCAGCUGUACUUCGCCAACAGACUCAAUGAAGCCAUGAAGAGUAAAGGAGCACAGGAGAAGGUGGUGACCAGGAUCAUCAUUUCUCGCUGUGAAGUCGACCUGAUGAAGAUCAGAACAGAGUUCAAGAAGCAGCACAAGAGGUCGCUGUACCAGACCAUCGCUGAGCACACUAAAGGAGACUACCAGAAAGCUCUGCUCAGUCUGUGCGGAGGAGAUGACUGAAACUAUGUUUCCCAGAAGGCCGCGGGGUUUAACUUUCACAUUAAUGUGUCUCCAUCAGCUCGUCUGUGUGAUGGACUUCAGUUUGUGGAAUAAAAACCAAAAACCAAAA